CUUGCCACGUGUGCAGUCGGCUCCAUUAACGUAUAUGCCGCCCAAGACAAGAGCGCGCGUGGAGGGGCUAAAGCUGCUGAUACAUGAUUUCUUUCGUUUUUAAAUCCAGUACCGCUUUUCUUCCUGAGAAGAAGAACUUCAAUCUACUGCAGCUUUCUCUCAAGUGUACUCUUCAAAUGGCUCGGUCAUCACUGGACGAGAUGUCGGACUCUGGUGCUUUUAAGCGCACUCCAUCAACCUUCCGCAAUUUCAUUUCACGAGAUAAAGCUUCUCAAUUUCCUGCAGAACCCGGCAGAUACCAUCUGUAUAUAUCAUAUGCAUGUCCUUGGGCAUCCAGGUGCAUUGCAUUCUUGGCGGCUAAGGGGCUUGAAAAAGCUAUCAGUGUCACAUCUGUCAAGCCCAAAUGGGAAAGAACAAAGGAGAGCGAUGAUCACAUGGGAUGGGUAUUUCCCGUUUCCAGUACAGAAGUACCAGGAGCCGAACCAGACCCUUUGAAUGGUGCAAGUAGUAUAAGGGAACUCUACGAACUCGCUAGUGCAAACUACGCUGGAAAAUAUACUGUUCCGGUCUUGUGGGAUAAGAAACUCAAAACAAUUGUUAGCAACGAGAGUUCAGAGAUAAUCCGCAUGUUUAAUAGCGAGUUUAAUGAUAUAGCACAGAAUGCUGCUUUGGACCUUUACCCUACUCACUUGCAAGCACAAAUCGAUGAGGUUAACGAUUGGGCAUAUGAUGCGAUAAACAAUGGCGUUUAUAAGUGUGGAUUUGCUACGAAACAAGCACCAUAUGAAGAGGCUGCAAUAAAAUUAUAUCAAGCUUUGGAUAAAUGUGAGGAGAUUCUUAGUAAGCAGCAUUAUAUAUGUGGGAAUACGCUGACUGAAGCUGAUAUCCGGUUAUUUGUCACUCUUAUAAGGUUCGAUGAGGUUUAUGCAGUUCACUUCAAGUGCAAUAAAAAGCUGAUACGUGAAUACCCGAACCUGUUCAAUUACACCAAAGACAUUUUCCAAAUCCCAGGCAUGAAGAGCACCGUUAACAUGGAACACAUAAAGCAGCAUUACUAUGGAAGUCAUCCUUCUAUCAAUCCAUUUGGGAUAAUCCCUUUUGGUCCCAGCAUAGAUUAUUCUGCGCCCCAUGACAGAGAAAGGUUCACUCCUUGAGAAUAUAUUUGGCUGUGUAUGCUGUAGUUUCAUAUACUUCCUUGCUGCUAGAUUUCAAUGUGGUGGGAUAUGUUUUAUGUGCUUUUGUCUGCACUUCUAUGAAUGAGGCAGACCUUUCGAUAGUGCUUGUUUGUUUGAGUUUUGCUGUAAACAUGACAUAACACCAAUAAGUUUAUGCUUGAUGAGAGGUUAUAUUUGA